AUUUUCGUUAUCAUGUAUUUCAGAUUCAGCAAUAUUAGCUUGGCAAGGUCUGGUAGUUGGUUGGGUCUGGUUGUUCCUGUAGUGUGAUUUUCUGGAAGUGAGGAGAUGGAGUUCGUAAGGUCUAAUGGAGGUCAUGUUCUGGUGAAGGAUGGGAAUCUGUGGACCAGCAAAAAUACACGAAACGGGAAAACUUAUUACAACUGCAGAGCUAGACUGUGUACAGCAACGAUUACGCUCUUGGAUAUUCAAAAUAAAGAUGGACCGAUUCCUGCAAAUGCCUUAAUAAGGGUUGGAAGACCUCACAGUGCCCAUAUUCUUCCUUACGGGGAGAUUGCUAAUCUGAAGUUCAUAGCAGACGUACAGCAACGUCUGGCGGUUGACCCUUCGAAGAAGCCAAGAAGUGCUUGGCAUGAUGCAAGUCUGGCGGAUCCAGUAACCUUUGCUGCGCUCACCACCACGUUCGAAUCCUCUGCGUCUGGUCUGUUGAAGUAUAGAAGAGAAUUUUACCCUCCAACUCCUCAUGCCCUCGUAGAUGUACAAGUGAUGCCUGGGACGUGGGGUUCCACAUCUGAAGGCGAAAUCUUCCACAGGGAAACUAAUCUGAACGAGAGAUAUGUACUGUUUGUCUCUGAUGAGGGUUUGCGAAUUUUAUCUGAAGCCCAACACCUCAAUAUGGACGGAACUUUCAAAUCCCGACCCGACACUAUGGGUAUUAACCAGCUGUUCGUGAUUAUCGCUAACUACAGGGGGUUCAACGUGCCCUGUGUAUACUGUUUGAUGUCGGUUAGAACUAAAGAAGCGUACACUGCUGUGUUAACCAAGAUUACAGAACUUGGAGUUGCAAUCGGUCUGCAAAUUCAGCCCCCUCUUAUCAUCAUGGAUUUUGAGAGAGCAGCAUCUGAAGCAGCACAGGAUGUUUGGCCGAACUGUAGAGUUCGUUUCUGUAAUUUUCAUUUCAAUCAAUCUCUCUGGAGAGGAAUUGUGAGGAACCGGUUGGAAGAUGUAUAUAAACAUCCACAGAAUCAUCCUCAUCCUGACGGGUCGGCAUGUAGACUGCGUGCAGUAUUUAACAAAAUUGCCGUUCUAGGAGAUCUACCUUUCCAGGUUGUAGGGGUCAACUUUACACUCUAUCUUACUCAUCCUGAGGUUCUGACCGAAGCUGCGGCCCACCCCACGUUUAUGACCUGGAUAAACUACGUGAACACAACAUACAUGAACCCAGGACCUCAGUUCCACUGCUAUCGGCCAGUAACCUGGAACUGUUUCAAUCGUGAUCGCUUUACAAGAACCAACAAUGUUUCCGAAGGCUUUAAUUCAAGGUUCAACCAAGAUAUGGGACACAACCCAGAGUUCUUUCGAUUUGUUGCACAGUUGAAGAGAGAGGAAACACACUCCCUGGGAAUUAUUCAAGCAGCCAACGGGGGCGUAGCCCCUCCCCCAUCCAAGAAGAAGUUUGUUGAGAAGGAUAACAGGCUGGCUAGGUAA